UGCGCACUCAUUCGGUCGCGGACCGGCGACGAAGGCGAACGUGUCAGUUUAUAACGACUGCAAAAUGAAGUGGGUUUUUGUUUUGGUAGCGUGUUUGUGUUUUUUCAAUUCACUCGUGGAUUGCAAAUGGAAACAUGAGCGACGAGAAAAUCAUUGGCGGGAAAAUGCUAAUGAGGUGACCACGGCAUCUAGUUACAGGCAAGAUCCCCCAGACCAUACCAAGUUGAUUCCUAUGGCUCGAUACGUCUUGCACAAUGCAGACUGGGCUUCGCUAGCUACGAUAUCAAUCCUGCCAGCUAUCGAAGGAUUUCCUUUCUCCAACGUCAAGUCUAUAGUGGACGGGUCCCUUGCUAACUCAACCGGAGUGCCUUACUUCUACAUGUCGCCAUUGGACUUCAGUGCUCGGGAUUUGGCGAAAAACAGCCGUGCUACCGUUCUCGUAUCCCUGGAAGAGACUAGAUACUGCGAGAAUAAGAAAAUUGACCCUGAGGACCCAAGAUGCACCAGGUUGAUGCUGUCAGGAAAGAUGAAGAAGAUUAAGGAGCGCACGCCAGAGUACGUGUUUGCAAAGGCAGCGUUGUUUGAAAGACAUCCGGCUAUGGCUGACUUCCCCCCGGAUCACAAUUGGUUCGUAGCUAAGUUGAAAAUCGCUCAAAUCGCGAUGAUUGAUUGGUUCGGAGGUGCCAAAUACAUACCAGUACGGGACUAUCUAGCGUAUAACUACACUGGCACAGAAAUGCUACAGUUCCACAAUAAAGGCUUACAAAAAUAAAUUGUCAAUUAGACUAGCCGCAUUUUAAUUGACUUUGUUUCUUAUGAAGAUCAGAAUAAGAUUCAUUAUCGAACAAGAGACCAUAUGUACAUAAUUUAUGUAUUUGAAUUGUAUCACUG